UCAGUCCUCCAGAUGAGAAGGCCUAGGAUCUGUCUCACUUUACCCUGAUUCUCUCUGGACUCCUGAGCACCCCAGUGUCCAUAGACAGGGCAUUCUCCCCUUCCUGAUGGCUCUGCUGGUCUUGCUUCCUGGAAGGACUCUGGCCAUGGCUCAGAUCCUGCUUCUUCUGCUGUCAGCAGCAUGUCUGCCCACUGGGAACUCUGCAGGAGACAGCAGAGAAAAUAACUUUGGAUUCAACCAGCCAGCAAACCUCUCUGGAUUCCAGGGCGGCUCCAUCGAGAUCCCCUUCUCCUUCUACUUCUCCUGGGAGUUGGCCAAGGAUCCACAGAUAAGCAUAGCCUGGAGAUGGAAGCACUUCCAUGGGGACUGUAUCUACAACUCCUCCCUGCGUUUCAUACAUGAGCACUUCAAGGACCGGCUCAUCCUAAACUGGACAGAGGGUCAGACAUCUGGAGUCCUCAGAAUCCUGAACUUGAAGGAGACUGACCAGGCCACAUACUUCGGCAGAGUUUUUCUGCAAACAACAGAAGGCGUGAAGUAUUGGCAGUCAAUUCCUGGGACCCAACUCAAUAUGACCAAUGGUGAGUACAUCUCAGCCCUAGCGAUGGUGACCCCUGGCUUCCUUAUACCAUAG